CCAAAAUGCCCAGACAGUACAGAUCCAUCGCGAUCUAUUAAACUAAGCCUUACCGCACAGCCGCUCUACUUUGAGCUGCCUGUGUAACUCUCGCCGCACGAUGUCACGCGCUGGCCCCGCGUGUAUGACCUGUCGGGAAAAAUGUCGUAAAUGUGACCGCGGCCGACCCAGCUGCCAGAGAUGUAUUUCCAAGGGCCUUGUAUGUCGUGGGUACCCCGACCAAUUCCGCUUCUGCGGUAUUGCCAGUCGCGGGAAGUGGAAAGAUGCACGCAUUCCUGCGGCUCAGAAGGACAUCCCCGGCCAGAGGCAAGUGCAGUCCCAGGCGCAGGAGAGUCCAAAUUCAGACAAGGAGCAGCUGAAUGCGGUUACCAGCGCUGGAUCUACCCCGCCUAUGCCUGAGCCGCGGAGAUCGAGGCGGUUGACGAUCGAUGCCAUGUUGGUGGACUCUGCGCCGGUGGAGGAGGAUAUAACGGCGUUGCUUAAAUAUCGUCAAACGAAGACCCUUAUUCAUCACUAUGAUAACUUUAUUUGCGGCCAUCAGCUGGCCGAGAUUGGGGACGAGAAGGAUAAUCCUUACAGGGCGUACAUUAUACCCUUAGCUAAAAAGCAAAUCGGGCUGCUAUAUGCGGUUCUGGGGCUUUCUGCCGUCCAUCUUGGGAGACUUACUGAGGAUACCACAAUGCAUGAAACGACGGCCGUUGAGUACAGAUUGAAGGCGAUCCGCGCUUUGGGCGAGCAGAUCUACAAAAGUCAGACUGCUUCGCUAUCGGAGGAGGAGCAGGAUGCCAUUUUUGCAACGAUCCAAAUUUUAUUACUGCAUGAUAUUGCGGAAACGGGGAUAUCUGAGCAUGGGGUGCAUAUCACAGGGGCAAUGUCUGUGUGUAAAAGCAUUCUCGCUGCAGAGGGAUUCAACGGUCGGCGACAGAGAGCUGUUUUCUUCAUAGGCAAUCUUGCCUGGCUAGAUAUCAUCCGUGCCUUUUCUGGAACUAGGCGGCUCUGCUUUACCCAAGAUAUUCGCGAGAUGGUCGCCAGCGCCAGUGGUGAUAGAUUCGAACUGGUCAAUGGCUGCCCACGGGAGAUCUUCCUGGUCAUUGGAAGAGUUAUGGAUAAAGCAAAGGAGUACAAAAAUGGCUGGACAACUGACGACGACUUUCGUUCCACAUUACUUCUCGCAAAUCGGGAGCUAUACUCCUGGAACCCAGGGGACAAAACAUACCCAAGUGCAGACCCGCGAUGGCUGAAUGUGGCCGUGGCGUUUCAGUUUGCUUGCAUACUGCACGUACAUCGAUUGCUGGACCCAUUACGGCCUGCUAGAAGUCCUGAGAUACAAGAAGCUGUCACAAGGAUUCUGGAUUCGACGGCUGUUAUUCCUGCCGACUCUACCCUGAUCGAGCUGUUAAUUCUUCCGCUGUUCAUGGCAGGCACGGAUUCGCUUUCUCCGCAUUCACAAUACUAUAUCCUUGGAAGGUACAGGGAAAUAGAACGGCGAUCCGAGAUGCGCAACCCUGUACCAACCGAUCUCCUGAAGCAACUGUGGGCAGCUCGCUCUGCGCAGGCGCCUGGGCACGAGGAGAACAUUUCCUGGCGAGAUUUUACAUGUUUCCCCCAGUUGACGCAACAACAUGAUUUCCUGAUAAUUUGAUCACUCCGUGAAUAUAGUUGAAGAUAUUGUUCUGUGGCGCAGGUCGGAGCCCGGUCGGAGGUGCCGCCACCUGCCUAAUCAGGAAGUAUCACCAAUUGGUGGGGCACUGGGUCUGGAUGACCGCAGAUGCAAGAGGCAAAAGCGUCACCCAAGCAGACAACCCGCUGAUGUCUUAGCCAAAGGUUAUAAAAGGGAGGGGUGUGCCCCUCAUUUGCAAUUCAUCCGCAAACUUACAGACACUACGAAUUACCAUGGCUACCUCGAAAGAAUGGCAGAAGAUGCUCAACGGCGAGCUCUACUGGGCCUGGGAUGCCGAUCUGCAGGCUAAUCGCGAGCGAUGCAAAGAAGCCUGCAAAAAGUUCAACGAGGCAGGGCCAGUUUCCCGGCGGCGGCGUGUCGAACUAUGGCGAG